AUGAUGCUGGGAUUUUGGCCCUCGAUACGCCUUCCAAUUGAAUUACUUACAAGGCAUCUCAGCUGCGUGGCCCAGUCUCGCAUUGAGCUCCCACUUUAUCAAAAUUGGAACCGCUUGCAACUUACCCCGAAAAAGUUUGCACUUUAUGUCAUCCUAUCACCUGGCCUUCGUACGGCUAGAGCCAAUCGACGAUCACCGUUAUGGCAUGCUCCUGACGAGCUGACGCGAAGUCUCAGCCUUGAUAUGAGUUGGCAUGUGCUCAGUCCGACUCCUCGAAAUUAUACGCUGUGCUUCGAGGUCGUUCUUUCUCUUGCUAUCCCAAACUCGGUCAAGGAUGGAUUCAAAACAGUGACUUACGGCCAGCUUGCCAAUGCUAUCAAUCGUGUCGCAUGGUGGAUCGGCAAGAAUACCAAGAAAGAUGAGAAUAUGGAGACUCUGGGGUACAUUGGCCCAUUCGACCUUCGCUAUACGAUCUUAACAAUCGCCGCACAAAAAGCCGGCUUCAAGUGCACGAAGUUCAUCACCGCUUCAGUCAUUCCUCCGCACUUUGAAGACACAUUCACGCAUCGGAACAUGCAUCGGAUUACCAUGCUCAGCUUGGACCACUGCUUGGACCCGACAAUUGUGCCCCACUACCCAUAUGCCAAAUCCUUCCGUCAAGCCCAGUAUGAUCCUUUCGUUGCACUCCAUACGUCUGGCUCGACUGGGCUGCCUAAACUCGUGGUUACCUCCCACGGUACGUUCGCCGCGAGUGAUACAUAUCAAACUAUGCCCUCACUAGGCCAUGCUUCGACGAUGGUGGAGGUGCUCAGGGAUAAGCGCGUAUUUAUAGGACUUCCACCAUUUCACGCUGCUGGAUUGUUCAUGAUGCUAGGAAUGACAACCUAUUUCGAUGUCAUUCCAGUCCUGGGUCCACUUGCAACCUUGAAUGCGGAGAUGGCGAAUGACUUGCACGUGCCUGGGGAUGUCAAGGUAACAUGCAUCCCCCCGUCGAUCAUCGAAGAUUUGUUGAGGACACCAACAUAUCAUGACAAGCUCAACACGUUAGACUGCGUCAUGUAUGGCGGUGGGCCUCUCUCGAAGAAAGCUGGAGAUCAACUGGCCCAAGCAACAUCUGUGGUUUGCCUCAUGGGUUCCACCGAGACUAUGCUGCUUCCGACAGAAGUCGCCGACAGCAGCGAUUGGCAAUAUUUCGGCUUCAGUCCUUGUAUGGGUGGAGAAUUCCGCCAUCUCUGGGACGACUUGUACGAAUUGUUUAUAGUACGAAACCCGAAAUUUGAAGCCUCCCAGUCUGUCUUCUUUACCUUUCCAAAGCUUCAAGAACACAACACGAAAGACCUCUAUUCUAAGCAUCCAGCGAAGGUCGGCCUGUGGCGCUACCGAGGAAGGUCUGAUGACUUGAUUGUGUUCUCAACCGGGGAGAAGCUCAAUCCGAUGAUGGUGGAGGAAACCGUUGGCACGCACCCUGAUGUGUGCUCUGUGUUGUUGGUCGGACAGGGUCGCCGACGGUCCUCGCUUCUGAUUGAAGCAAAGAGUGCUCUCAUAUCGUCAGAGGAUAGAGAAAGGUUGCUUGAAGAGAUCUGGCCUACCAUCGAGCGUGCUAACAAGCUAUACUUCGCUCAUGGGAGAGUAUCGAGAGACCUAGUGCUUUUCACCUCUGCUGACAGGCCGAUGCUUCGGGCCGGAAAGGGUACCAUACAGCGAAGGGGAACGGUCAGUCUUUACAAGUCGGAGCUUGAUGCUCUCUACGACUAUGAGCUCGAGGUCCACAAGUCAAGAUAG